ACAGCUGGUGAGGAGAAUGCCUUCGAUUCGGGCCGAUAAGGAGUCGGCGCCUCUUGGCUCAUGAGUGACCGUGAACACAGAUAUAUAUUGCUGCGCAGCGCUCCUGCUCGCUCACACCAAACUUCGGGAGGAAGGCGCACUUCACUGCGCGCAGGCUUCAACAAGUGAGCCAGCCGCCGCCGCCGCCGCAGAGUAAGAAUGGAAGAGAGGAGCGCACUGUUUCAGGAGUUUUCUAAGUGAGCAACUCGCGGAAAAGCACUUUAGUUUUUUGUUGUUGGAAGUCCAUUGGCGAGCACCAUGAGUGGACCGGUGCUUAUACAGCUGUGGAUUGCCUGUGUUUUGGGGAUUACAAGCGUGGCGUGUCAAGUUUCUAACGCUAGAGUUCUGAGAGGAAACUUCAGGAGAGACGAUUUGUAUCGCAAGGAGGAGAACAUCACCGUAACGCCGCUGGGCGGUGUUAUCCACAGCCCACGCUACCCCAACGCUUACCCACGGAACCUGCUGCUCUCCUGGAAGCUGGUGUCACCGCCGGGAAGUCGCAUCCACCUGGAGUUCGACGGACACUUUGGCUUGGAGGAAGCAGAGAACAGCAUGUGCAGGUAUGACUUUGUUGAAGUCGAGGACCAGUCCGAGACAAGCACUAUAAUUUGGGGUCGCUGGUGCGGUCAAAAAGCUCCUCCUACCCUCAACUCCAAAACCAACACGCUCAGAGUCACCUUCAAGUCAGACGACUACUUUGUUGCAAAACCCGGCUUCAAGAUCUACUAUUCACAGCUGCGUGACUCUCCUCUGCCGGCAUCCAUCACCAACUGGGAGGCUGUGACACUGGCUGAAGCGGAUGACAGUGGUGUGCAGAUGCCAGCGGUGUCCACCGUAGUCCCUCUCUCCCUGGACGAGUUGGACCGGACCAUCGCUGCUUUUGACACGGUGGAGGACCUUCUGCGAUCACUGAAUCCAGGCACCUGGAGACAGGACCUGGACAGCAUCUAUACCCAAACACAUAUACACUAUAGAUCCAGAGCCUAUCACCUGGCAAGCAGACAGAGCAAAGUUGAUCUGAACCGGCUCAACGACGACGUGAAACGCUACAGCUGUACGCCCCGUAACUAUUCGGUGAACCUGCGCGAGGAGCUACGGGCCACAAACGCCGUGUUCUUCCCUCGAUGUCUGCUGGUCAAGCGCUGCGGAGGCAACUGCGGCUGUGGGACUGACAACUGGAACAGUGGCUGCGUCUGUCAGGCUGCCAAGACGGCCGUCAAACUCCAUGAGGUGCUCAAAUACGCUCCAGGAACCAAUCGGCAGCAGAGUCAACGGCGAGCGCGACUCUAUUGGGCCAUAGACGAGAUCUUCCUCACACACCAUGAGAAGUGUGAGUGUGCGUGUCCCGGACAGCCGCCUCGCUGACGGCCAAACUCACCGAGCAUGAACUUUCAAAAGACUUAGUUGGAUGUCUGACCGGCGUAUUUUUUUAUUACGUGUAAACUUCUAUGGGUACAUUGCUCUAUUAAACCUAACAGUGUGUACAGUUACGACAAAAAGGACGUCGCUUUAUCAUCACCGCUGUGGUUGGUUAACAGUCGACACUAUCAUCAGACAUACAAUGCGUCUCACACCAUAGAGCUUCACUUACCUCUAUGGGAUUUGAACUGGUGACCUACUACUUUGCCAUAUUCAUAACUGGAGUAAUCUCACCCGCCUCUUAUGCAGUUCUGACCCACUCAUUGUCACACCCCCUUCAUAAGCCUGAGCCCGACUCUUCUUCUUUGACACAGACUUCUCUUACAGUAUGAGGUUUGUCUUGAAAAGAAUCACUGGGGUAAGAAGUGGUAAAACAGUUGGGACCGUCAUGUCUGAAACCUGCCAUGAUGUCUGCUUUAGCAACACGGCGUCACAUUCUGAGGGCUAUUUCGUCCAAUGGUGGAGGAGAAUUCAGUAUCACCCGACGCUUGAGGUGUUUCUAUUGGAUGAAAUGCCUCCCUUAAUGUGGCGUCUGGUGAUGUUCAAAAAGUGUUGGGGUAGGAUUAGGAUGUGGGGCGGUACGUACACCACACGUAACCAUGAGCUUGACUCGCGGUGCCACAGUUAUUGACAUGAAAUAGAUCCCGAGAGCGGAAGGAGCGACACUCCGUAGCUUAACCCUUACCCCGACUGCUAUUUGUUUGCGUGUUGGACAGUGAUGCAAGUGGGGCCAAGAAAUGCCCCGGCAGCAGAAGACUUUGGUUCAGUUGAAGACCUAAUGCUUCAGCACGCAACACAGAAGUCUGGCUUUCACGCUAUAGGAGUGAGAGUGUGUUGGAUUUGUAGAGAAAAAGACAAGAAGCAUAUACAGAGGAGGUGCUUGGGUUUUUAUUGAGAGUGACUAGGUGGUGGUUGGUGGGUGUAGGGAAGAGGCUCAAGACAGGUGAAGGAGGAGGAGGCUGAUGGGAACUGCCAGAAGACAAGGCUAUUUUGUGUCGACAUCUUUAAGAAGGGACAUUUCUGGUUCCUGGUUCCUAAACAGGCAGGUCACCAGUCCACUAUCUAAUAAUAAAAUUCAAGCUGACUUCAAGUGACACUUUGCUACAGACAGGCAGUCGACUGGUGUAUUUAAUAGCAGGCAACACAUCCUGUAGUUUGUGUUAAAUCGGGAGUAUUUCUGGAAACCUUGCCAGGAUCAUGCGAGGAUGAGUGAGUGUGAACAGAAGGAGGAAAAGGAGAGCUGUAGGAGGAAGUGUAAACUAGAAACCACAACCCUCCGCUUCUCAUUUGCACACCGCUUCCUGUUAGACACACAUUCUUCCAGUCCCACGUACGCUCACUACUUCGCAUGGAAAUGUUCAGUUCAUCUUUUCGCCCGGCCAGACACUGUUUUGCACAGUGGAAAAAAACAGCCGUCACUUUUGCCUGUCUGCCCAUCCGUGCCACCGGCCGCUCCUUUUGUUUCCAAACUCACAUCUCUUUGCUCCAGCACUUCAAAGCUGCCUUCUGCACUCUGCCUCCUUUUCCAAGCGUUCCUGGCAUUCCACCCUCUAACUGCGUUCACGGUCGCGGUCCCUUUCUCCCGACAGCAUAACAGGAAGGUGCGAGGCACUAAGGACGGACGUAGAGGAAGUUUUUAGGACAUUCCAAGCCCCCCCGUUUUUUAAAAGCUGCCGAUGUAAUAUGCGGCGGCUGAAAGAUUCAGACAUCAUCUGUCUUUCCGCAGUCACAGCACUGAGAUUCAGCCCAUUUUCCUUGCAAAGAAGUCAGUAUGCAUGUGAUGCCGCCGUCUGCCUGUGCAUUAAUGCUGCAGCUUUGAACGUGUGAACCACUGUAGGAAGGUGUGUGCGCUGCUAAAGUCCUCAGGAAGAGGCUCUUUUGUUCCAAAGGUGGAGGGUUACCAACAUUCUGUGAGAGCUGGCAGCACACACCACCAUGUGAGCGUUCGGCAUGUGACCAAACUCGUGCGCAGGUAUGGAGGAUAAAGACCUGAGCCAGAAUUAAGCGCUUAUCGUCAAAAAAAGGAAAGAAAGGCAGAGUGGAGAGGAAGAAAACACCCCGUCGACUGUAGUCUUAACAGCCGUCACCUCAUCAUAUUCUCGCUUACAGGCCGGAUUUACACAGAAAAUUGGAUUUCACAGGCGACUUUUGUUCUAAAGACAGACGAGCAGAUUAGCAGGACGUUGGGACGGUUCCUUGGUCACAGUGAAACCUGAUCAAGUGUGUGCCGACGGCUCUUGGGUGCGCUCGGUGGCAAGUGCCAGUCAUGGGUGUUACCGAACAGGUGCGAGACACAAAACACCGUCCUCAUAUUCCAAAAGAUUUACCCCGAGUUUAGAGUCGCGCAGAGAGUUACGCUCACGUUAUUCCGUGGUUACAGUGUCGGCUUUUUGGACUGUCAGAUAUGAAUGUUCAUUUGACGUGAGAUCAUGAGUCAGCGACAGCGUGAUAUAAACUAGAGAUGAAGAUACUGGCAGACAGGAAGUGGUAACGCUGUCCAACCAUGGAGGAUUGUGCUGUAACUUCAGGUCAUUGACGGCUUACAACAUAAAUUGAAAUUCAUGAGAUUAUAAUUCCAGCUAUAAGAGGCUAGAAUACCAGCCCAAAACCGCUUUCAUAUUUCCAAGAGUGUGUGUGUGUGUGUGUAUCCUGUGGUAUCCCUGUUAUCAGCACAUUCCACUGUAGCGUGAUUUAAAAUAGAAUUCCUGUUUUUGAACAGUCACACAUCUCUCUCUCUCUGUCUCUGCAAAUGUACUCCACAAGUUCAAGUUAUAAACAUCAACUGCCAUUCGGUCGUGUUCAGCGUUUCACUUUGUUUUUUAUUUUCUUGAAACUUUUUCAAAAAGUGUGAUUUGUUUUUUACGUAUGUAAUUUAUUCUCUCUUUCAAGUAUGUGGUCAGUUUUGAUAAAAAGAACUUUGUGCACUAAUUCAGCCUCUUGUGUGUUAUUCUAAUGAAUCAUGUGACUUUCUAUUAUGGUGGUAACUUAAAGAAAGACAUGAGCAUUGCAAAAUGGGAAACAGACAUAUUUUAGACUUUGGUUGGAA